CAGUCGGCGGCCUGGCGGGGACCCCCCAAAGCUCUCGGGGGAGCCCACCUCGCGGCUCCUCCCUGCUGGCGGAGGUAGGGCAUCCUCCCUGCCCAGCCUGUUAUUCCACGCCGCUGUCCAGGUUCUCUUGCAGGCCAUAAGAGGAUAUCAGAUCUAGAGCUGGAGUUACAGGCAGUUAAACAGAACUCUGGUCCUCUGCAAGAGCAGUAAGUUUUUAGAAGUUUAGCUCUCAAAAUGGGCAGAAUCUUCCUUGACCAUAUCGGUGGUACCCGUCUGUUUUCUUGUGCAAACUGUGAUACGAUCCUGACCAACCGCUCAGAACUCAUCUCUACGAGGUUCACAGGCGCCACUGGUAGAGCGUUUCUUUUUAACAAGGUAGUUAACUUGCAGUACAGUGAAGUUCAAGAUCGGGUCAUGCUCACUGGCCGCCACAUGGUUCGAGAUGUGAGCUGCAAAAACUGCAAUAGCAAACUGGGCUGGAUCUAUGAGUUUGCUACUGAAGACAGCCAGCGUUAUAAGGAAGGCCGUGUGAUCCUGGAACGUGCACUAGUUCGAGAGAGUGAAGGCUUUGAGGAGCAUGUACCAUCUGAUAACUCUUGAAGAAGAAAGAUAAAUCCAUCUUUUCCCAGGUCUCCUUCACUGAAAACAAAAAUCUACUUACAUACACUGUCACCUUAGCAUCAGCGUCGGAUUCAUGAACUGCGGAACAAGAGGGUGUGAGAAUCUUGAGAUGGAAUCUUUCUUUCUCUCUUUUUUUUUUUAAUUUUGUAUUUCCCAUCCAACAGCAGUUUGUAGAGAGAAUAUUUUGCAGAUGCCGUUAAUUUUUUCCCUAUGUUUACAUCUUGAGGCAUAAGAGUCUGCAGCUACAUGGUGGGCUAUAUGAGGGGAAAAAAUUGGGGCUCCUAGAGUGAAAAGGAGUGUUUUGUGUACAUUUUGAGUAGAAAAUAUGUCAAGAGCAUGGUUUUUAAACUUAUUUGGGCUUCAUUUUAAACUUUCUUUUAAACCCAGUUAUUUCACUUAAUUUGCUAGCUUCAAGAAGAGAUCCGAAUCUGUGCCUGGCACUGGAGGCUCAGUGUUAACAUGCCUUGUGCUGGCCAGUGUGCCAUAUUCUUGUUGGAGAGGAACUGUAGCACCAGAACCCAUUCUUCCUUGUCAGACUUGACCCACAGAUGUCACCUUCCCUAGCUCCUUGUCACCAUGUACUUGGUGUUGAUUGGAAACUUUCUGAAAUGGGGCAGAACUGCUUGGCUGUCUUUCCCAUGUAACUUAAGCAUAGUAAUAUAAAUAAAGUGAUAGUUGGAUGUUU